AGAUGUGGUUUUUGUGUCGAGCUCAGUCUCCAUUAGAACUUGCUACUUGAUAGUCUAAGGUACUCCCAGGCUCUCAAUCAAGCAGAGUGUGUCAUAAGAUAAAGGGAUCGCUUGCUCUUCUGAGGUAAAAAUGUCGCUGAAGCAUCAGAAAGCUGUAGUCGUUGGUGGUGCCGGUGAUAUCGGAGGGGCUAUUUGCCAAAAUCUGCUCCAAGAAGGGGUAGAGACUUUGUGUGUUCUAGAUGUUGUGGACCUAACGGAAGCGAGCCGCCAGCAGCUACAAGAAAGCAAUCGAGAGGCAACAAUCUUGUUCAAACACUGCGAUAUUGCAAACCGAGCGGCGUUGCUGGAGAUUUUGGGAGGCGACGUUGCGAAGGCUUUCGGUUCGAUCGAUAUUUUGGUUAACUCGGCCGGAAUUGCAUCCAGUGAGGUUCCCGAUCAACUGAUCAACGUGAAUUUGACAGCCGUCAUUAACUCGAGCCUCUUCUGUUUCGAUCUGAUGUCACGUAGUAAGGGAGGGAAAGGAGGCGUGAUAGUGAACGUGGCUUCCGUUGCCGGACUGGAACCAAUACCAUUCCUUCCGAUCUACUGCGCCUCAAAGCACGGUGUCGUUAGCUUUACGAGAUCUCUUGGAGUGCCCCCAAUCUUCGAUAGCACUGGUGUGAAGUUCGUUGUCAUCUGCCCCGGUGCUACAAAGACGAAAAUGUUCAAUCAUUGCAUGCAGAUUCCAAUCGACGUCGAUGGGCUGCAGGAUUUGUUCGACGAUUACGUGAAACGCUUUCAAGCUCAAAGCCCGGACGUUGUUGGCAAAUGCGUGAUUCGAGCGAUCACUGAGGGCGAGAAUGGAUCGGCAUGGAUUUGCAACGAGGGCGUCAUUGCUCAGCAUCAAUUUCCACAGUCAUCGUUUUUGUAAAGUAAUAAUUCACAAUACAAUCUAUGGGUUGUUGUACAUCGUUUUAAUCUUUUCCAUUUUAUGGUUUACGUGGCGCCGACAUAACUAUAGUUUAUAGCUGACAACGAUUUUAAUAAAUCAUGCGCUUUAAACGCA